UUAGCAUCGUUUCAGGAAUUACCUAUUUCAUGAUGAUACUCAAUCGUGUUGUCGGUAUGGCGCAUAGCGUCUUGUUAUUAAUAUUUUUAUUGACAUAUCAGAGUGUGUUUUGUGAAGACUGUGUAACAUACGAUUUCGAAAAUGAUUUCGAUAAUUUGUUCAGUUCCAAUUCAGGAUUAUGCACGAGCCAACAUUCAUGGGACAUGAAACAUUACGAUACAACUGGCAUUACCAGUCCUAGCCCAAAUAGCACAAGUUUUAUUUCGCCACCAGUAUUUAACGGUUGUGUAUCUUCGUUUAGUUUUCCUAUUGAAAAUAAUGGCAUCGUAGAAGUGAAUGUCUACAUGGAUGAAAACAGUGAUCAGUCGGACUUUAUAAUAGUUCUUAUUCAAUCAAUUGACGAAAACGGAAUUGAAUCUACCAUAACUAAUGAAAUGUACUCACCGUCGCAAUCGACUUUUGUUGCUGGAUGGAUAACUUUAAGACUGCAAUUGUUAAUGUUAGCACCUGCACAAGGAUUGGUAAGGGAUAUGUGUUGAACUUAAUUUUGGCAGAAAAGACAGAACUAGAGACUAUUUAAAGAACUUUUUAAAAGAAAAAAUUGUUGCCUAAUAUAAUACUUCUAUUACAAG